GGCAUGCGUGCUUCCUUUCGCCUCCCAAGACCCACCGAAGGCUGCCGUUUCGGAUCGCUCGGUCCUGUUUUCCGCAAGGGUAUCAUGAUCAAGCGUUUUCUCCUCUCCGGCUUCCUCCAGCUCCGCCGCCGCGGUGGCGGCUCCGUUUCGUUUCUUCCUCUCAGCGUAUCAGGAAACUUAUGGGGAAGAUCCCAAAGUGUAGCACUGAAUCGUCCAAAGAGUACAGAAGGAGAAAAUACUACUAAGGAGAUUGGACGCUAUCCAAUACCCAAGAAGACGGAUUUGCCAUAUGAUAUAGUGGAGCUCAUGGAGGAAAUGGAAGUAAAGACUGGGUUUUUGCCCAACGUGUUUAAGGUUAUGGCUCAUCGGCCAGCAGAAUUUAGGGCAUUCUUUGCCUAUUACAAUGCCAUCAUGAACAAAGAGACAGGAAACCUAAGCAAGGCUGACAAAGAACUCAUUAUUGUGGCUACCAGUAUUGUCAACAAGUGUCCCUACUGUGUAAUUGCACAUAGUGCCUUACAUCGCAUCUACUCCAAGAAACCAACUUUGGCAGAUCAGGUGGCUGUGAAUUGGAAACUGGCUGAUCUAAGUGACCGGGAAAUGGCCAUGCUUGACUUUGCCCUUGCUAUCUGCAGAGCAGAUAACAUAACGGAAGAGCACUUUCAGAAGCUAGAGGCACACGGAUUUGACCGAGAAGAUGCCUGGGACAUAAGCUCCAUUUCAGCCUUUUUUGCCAUGUCAAAUCGCUUAGCUCACUUCAUAGAUCUGCAUCCCAAUCCAGAAUUCUAUAUCAUGGGAAGAAUACCAAGAGAGAAAAAGACCAUUUCCUCCCAAUAAAACUUGUUGAUAUCCUAAUCUGUGCAAACACUGAGGUCAAGCUUGACUAAUUACUGAAUUACAAAAAUGGACCAGUUUUAGAAACAGUGAAAAGAGAAUCAAACUUUACUUUUGAUUGUAUAAUACUUCUGAAAUUAUUGAAUUAUACAUCUCAAUUGGAAUGAGUUUCUUUAAAAGAAAAAGUGAGAUCAAAUACUUGUAGUUUCUUUAGAUCAUAACUAAAGAUAUGAUUAGAAGUAAGAACCUCGUAUCUUUUAUUUCCAUGUAGCUAACUAAAUAUCUACUAUAAUAAGACCUUUUUAUUCAGACAUUGGAAAAGACAUAAGCUGUGUUUACAUUCUCAUUUCCUCUAAAGUACUGGCAACAUGGUUGAUUCCUAAAGGCUUAAGUUUUUGCACUGGAUCAGGAGUCCUUAUUUUAUUUUAAUGAGCUUUAUAAUGUAAUUCUAUUUCUUCUUGGAUUUAACAAUACUUUCAUACAUUUGCGAAUUUCAGCUUUUUUAUCCUUUGAUUUAAAAAGGUCAUGCAAACAACUGAAAAAUGAAAGGUAUUAAACAGUUACAAUAAAUUAAUAUAUGUUUUUGCUA